GAAUUUCAUUGGCUCUUUUUCCUCCGUUAUUCUCGGGCGCGGCCAGCCCUCGAAAACAUAUCUCCUCUUAUAUUCACUUGUUAACACUUUUCCCCUUAUGUCACUCUCAAGUGUGUAAUCUCUACUCUCAAUGAGAGCUUGGCUGGUUUUACAUCUUUGGUUGAUCUUUCCUGCAGGGUUGCGCUCAUGAUGUAUUGAAUGGAAAAAAACGUUAUCUCUUUGUUUCUCUUUUCAUCCAUGUUCCUUGUUCACGGUUUUACGACAUUUGCCAGUGUCUUCCUAUUAUACUCAAAUGUUUUUCUACAUCACCUUUACUGCUUUGCCCUCCGGCUUUUGCCCCUUCUCGAUUCGGUGUCUGACGAAAACCUUUCCAUGUCUCUCCUGCUCUCAUCUACCCUGCAUACUUUCCACUUCCUGCACUACUUCUUUGGGUUCGGUUGGGACGUCGUUCAUGCAAAUUGGCUGGAUAAGGACAAGGGACGGGGGUUAAAGAAUGCAAAGAAUUGACCGGGACGGCGUUGUACCUUGUUUUCCAGUGUACAAAAGUAACUCACUAUAGAGACGAUGACGAGGGAAAAGACAAUGGAGUAAUGCGUGUGCGUUUCAAACUGAA